CCAGUUGAAUUCAUCAGCUGUGCAAGCUCCUGCCGCACUUCGGUCGCCAUUGUUGCUUCUCGAAGUGUCAACAAGAGCGACUUCCGGCUUCAGCUGCCAAGAUGGGCCAGAGACUUCCGGUCUGUGUCCAGCAGAGAGGAGCUCCAUCGGUCCUCCGGGCAGCUAAUGUGAGAAAGCUGAGACUUUGCAUCAUGGAUGUGGUGUCACCAGAGCUCAACAGCCUCCUUCCUGAUGAAAUCAUGGACACUGAGGCCAUCGAGGAGAUCCCUCAGUCCCAACCGGACGGCAACGCGGCCAAACCGGAGUCCAGCGACGACACGUCGGUCCCGAUGGAGACGGAUACGCCCGUGAGCCUCUGUUCUGAGUCUUCUACAGCGGGACACACGCAGGCUCUCACCACAGACUCUACUUUCACCAUCAGCUCCGGCAGUCAGCUUCCUGUCUCCAUAUCCAGCACGCCCGCCACCCUUCUGACUCUCAGACCAGCCAUGGCUACGUCCACAGCCACCACAAAAACCACAGACAGUGUGACGGGGAGCAGCGUGACUACGAGUGGAUUACAGAAGCUCACCGCUCCGUUCACCAUCUCCGCCGCCAACCACCAGAUCAUCCUCAACAAAGUGGCCUCGGCUCAGGCGUCGGAGGCGGCGAAGGCCGCGGGGAUGACGCAGCCUCAGAUCAUCAAGCAGGAGGGACAGAAACUUUUGGUCACGGCGAUAGGAAAGUCGGGGCAGCCGAUCGUGCUGCAGUUACCGCACACGGGCACCAAACCGGGAGUUUCACAAGUCGUGGGAGACAUUAAAUCUGUGGCUCCGCAGUUUAAAGUGGUGACGAUCGGAGGGAGGACGGAGCUGAAGCCGAUGAUGGGGAGCGCCGGCACCCAGCUGACGGCGUUACAGGCUCAGCAGCUCAAGGCUGUGCAGAUUGCCAAGAAAACUCCGACGUCCUCGGCCGCUCCGAUCAAAUUCAUCAUCACAAAAACCGUCAACAGCAAAGGUUUGAGUCCGCAGACUUCGGUGUCUCCUGUGAUCGCAGGUCGGGUCCUGACUCAGACGUCUCCGGGGAUGCCCACCAGGACCAUCACUCUCUCCGAGUCCCACAACACGAGUAUACAGAGUAUCGCCGGGAAGAAGAUCGCCAUUUCACCUCUUAAGACCCCGAGCAAGGUGACUGUGGUGUCCGUGGCGUCCCCGACCUCUAACGCCUCCCAGAAGUCGGUGACUCUCCCUGUGAACGUAGCGCUCGGCCAGCAGAUCCUCGCAGUCCAACAGUCCACGUCUGCAUCUCCGGUGAAGGUGGCCACCGGUCAGAACGCGGCACAGACCAUGAAACCGGUCCAGUCUGUGGCGGUGGGAGGAGUCAGCGGCUCCCAGUUUAAGACCAUCAUCCCUUUGGCCACACAGCCCAACGUGCAGCAGAUUCAAGUGCCGGGUAGCCGGUUCCACUACGUCCGCCUCGUCACCGCAACCACAGCCAGCAGCACGGGGCAGCCCAGCGGCCCCAGCACCAGCUCCAUACAGACCGCUAAACCCAUGGUGGUCAGCACAGGAGCCGUCAGGAUGUCUGUCCCCAUCAUCCCCGCUCAGACCAUCAAACAGGUCGCCCCGAAGCCCCUGACGUCAGCAGCAGUCGUCACCACCACUCAGACCCAGCAGCGGCUCAUCAUGCCCGCCACUCCUCUCCCCCAAAUUCAGCCCAACUUCGCCAACCUCCCUCCGGGCACCGUUUUGGCUCCAGCUCCAGGAGGCGGGAACAUGGGAUACGCAGUCGUACCAGCACAAUACGUCACACAAAUCCAGCAGUCUCCGUUUGUAACCCUCGCCAGCAGCUCUGGUUUCGCUGCAAGCACGGGAGUUCAGACUCAGGCCAAGCUGCCACUCAACGGGUUGUCGACGGCAGAAACGACUUCAAGACCGAGGAAACCGUGUAACUGCACCAAGUCUCAGUGUCUCAAACUAUACUGCGACUGUUUUGCAAACGGAGAGUUCUGCAAUAAUUGUAACUGCAAUAACUGCUUCAACAACCUGGAGCACGAAACAGAGCGACUCAAAGCUAUAAAGACGUGUCUCGAUCGGAACCCAGAGGCCUUCAAACCUAAGAUCGGUAAAGGGAAAGAGGGCGAGUCGGACCGCCGACACAGCAAAGGCUGCAACUGUAAACGCUCGGGCUGCCUGAAGAAUUACUGCGAGUGCUACGAGGCGAAGAUCAUGUGCUCGUCCAUCUGUAAGUGCAUCGGCUGUAAGAACUUCGAGGAGAGCCCGGAGAGGAAGACUCUGAUGCACCUGGCUGACGCAGCAGAAGUGAGAGUUCAGCAGCAGACGGCCGCCAAGACCAAACUCUCCUCGCAGAUCUCAGACCUGCUCAUGAGGACGACGCCGGUCAUCUCGAGUGGAGGCGGGAGGUUGCCGUACACGUUCGUCACAAAGGAGGUCCUUGAAGCGACGUGCGAGUGUCUCCUGGAACAGGCUAAAAAAGCGGAACAGACUCAUCAGCCUCAGGUGGAGGCGGAGCGGAUGAUCCUGGAGGAGUUCGGACACUGCCUCAUGAGGAUCAUCAGCUCGGCGGGGAAAGCCAAAGCAGACUGUGCCUCCAUUAACUGUUAGGCUGAGCAGCACUCUGGCUCUCCCCCCUCUGACCUCACCCCCGCCCCAGCUGUGUGGGGGGGCUGAGACACACGGAUUUACUCUGGACCUUCUCUUCUCUGACCCCCCGGGGUGUUCCUCCUGCAGGGAAACAGGUUGUCGAGGUCUGACUGUAGCCUCCCCCCGCCUUGGACAGCUGGGGUAACAAACAUGGAACAGCUGUUUGGGCUGUUCCCUUCUUUAACUGAAGGACAAAUGGACAGAGAGAAGGGACUCUGAAAGACCUUCACGACUCUCAUCGCCUGGAUUUCAUGGACAGAUGUGACGCGGAUGAAGGCGACCAUGAAUUAAACAUUUCUACCUUUUAUUUCCCUCCACCUUCUGUUCUUCCAUUUCUCUCUUUUCUUUUAUUCUUUCCUUUUAUCGGAGGUUUCUAAAAAAGGAGAUCCCUGCGAGUUUUAUGUAAUCGUUAUAUUUGUGCCGACAGUAGACGAAGAGAACAUGUUAUCUUUUGAUAUUUAUUUUGACAUGUCUUUGUAAUCAUUGUGAGCGCUGAUAUCGGUAUAUUGGCUUCUUAGUGCUGCAGAUUGUUUAUUAAUUAUUAAUUAACCAGGCCUAGGCUGAUCGGAUUAAAUGAGAAUGUGUAGGUUUUUGCCCUGAAAUCAAUUUGUAAUUUCAACACACGUAUGAUGAUGCAUUAUGCACACUCAGCGCCGCGGUCCUCUGGUGCUGUUUCCUGUCUAUUACUCACAUGCUUCCUGUACUUUAAAAACACAGUGGAUGGAGGAAUAUUUCAGACUCGUGUUGCUGACGAUCCUGACUCACAGGUAAGCAGGAACACAUGAAGAAGAGAGCACAGAAGUUGCCUAGCUUUUUUUAAGUCACAUUUAAAAAUUAAGAAUGAAAAAUAGCAUCAAAGGAAAGCUUUUUAAAACAGCUGAGUGUAAUUUAAUAAUUUGCUGAUAAUGUCAUGAUUUCCUUUCAUUUUGAGUCCAUUAAAAAAUGUCAAAUGGUUGUGCAAAUGUUCAUGACAUGUUCCUGUGAUGGCCUUGAUAUUUUUUCACCUGAAGGAUUAAAGGUACAGUGAGUAGAUUUGGGAAUAUUAAUCGGUCAGAUUCUUGACGGUGGCCUUCGAGGAUAAGAAGCUGCUGUGAUGUGUUUGUAUGAUCCUCCAUUUGUCAAGAUUUUACUUUUUCAAAAACAUCAAUCAAUACAACCACUCUUGCA